UGUGAUACAACGCAUCGUGUAUUCGGGAAGGAUCAUUCUAAUGAUUUUAUUUAGACUUUAUAAGACAAAAUGAGGUGAACUGUCAGUGGCAUACGGGCAGACGCUGGGCUCAACUCAUCACUCAACCCUUAUUCCCUCCCUCUCCUCCAAGAUGGUGUCAGUCAAGCAGCUGUUGGUGGCCGGCUUCGCCUCGAGCGCUGCCGCCACGUCAAUCAAGCGCAGCUCUCCUGUCGCCUCGGUCUCGUGCAAUGGGAAGACUUACACCUACGAAGGUCUUGCCGGCUUCGGGUCCCUCAAGUCGGACGCCCGCGACCAGUAUGGCGACACCAUCAGCAUCGGGUCGUCGAUGCGCAUCAAGGAUUGGAAGAAGGCGGGCAACCGGUAUAAGGGCACUCUCUACGGCCUGCCAGAUCGCGGAUGGAACACCAAUGGCACACAGGCCACCAUUCCGCGCAUCCACAUUUUUGAGAUCAGCUUCACGCCUUCCCCAGACGCAACUGUGGCCGCGCCGUCUGGGCCCAACGUGGAGUUCGAGUACAAGCGUACCAUCCUCCUCUCGGGGCCCGACGGCAAGCCCAUGACUGGGCUGGAUCCUGAUUUCACGGGCGGCUUGACGUACGACGGAUUCCCCACCAUGCCCGCCGCCACAUACCCGGGAGAUGGCUUCGGCGGUCCUGGAGCGGGCGACAAGCGCAUUUCGCUCGAUGCCGAGGGCUUGGUUAUUGAGGACGAUGGCUCGUUCUGGAUCAGCGACGAGUACGGCCCGUUUGUUUACAAAUUCAACAAGGACGGCAAGUUGGUGGCCGCUAUCCAGCCUCCUGAUGCCCUUCUCCCCAUCCGGAACGGCGAGAUCAGCUUCAACUCCAAUACACCGCCCAUCUACAACCAGAGCAUCGUCCCGGACCCAGAGGAUCCCCAUCACGGACGCCAAAACAACCAGGGCUUCGAGGGCCUCACCAUCAGUGCCGACGGCAAGACCCUCUGGGUCAUGCUUCAGUCCGCAGCCAGGCAGGACGGUGGCGCCUCCUCGUCCAAGCGCCGCAACACGCGUCUGCUCAAGUACGUGCUCAACAAGCAGGAGGUGACAUACGAGACCGAGUACGUCGUGCCGCUGCCCACCUAUAUCAACGGCGAGGGCAAGACUCGCGUCGCGGCGCAGUCUGAGAUCCACUACAUUUCGGACACCCAGCUGCUGGUCCUUGCGCGCGACUCGAGUGCCGGCCGCGGACAGGACGACCCGCUGAGUCGGUACCGCAGUGUAGACGUGGUCGACAUCUCGGCCGCGACCAAUAUCAAGGGGCCCAAGUUUGACGACAUCCAGAACGGAAACGUCACUGCUGGCGGUAUCGAGAGCCCUUCCGACAAACUUGUUGAGGGCAUCACGCCUGCCGAAUAUUGCCCCUUCAUUGACUACAACAUCAAUUCGGAGCUCAAUAAGUUCAAGACCGAGGAGGGAGACGUCGUGCACAACGGCGCCCCGGUCGACAUUGGCCUGCUCAACGAGAAGUGGGAGGCGCUGGCUCUCGUGCCCGUGAAUCCAGGGAAGAAGUGCAGUGGCGCGGACGAGUACUACCUCAUUACCCUGUCCGACAAUGAUUUCAUUACCAACAACGGGUACUUCAACUUUGGCAAGGUUCAGUACGUCGAUGACUCGGCCAGCGUUCCGUUCCUCAAUAGCCAGGCCUUGGUCUUCAAGGUGACGCUGCCCAAGGGGAGCAAGCCGCUGGUUGGGUGAAGCACAAGAGUACCCAAUGUGUCUAGUCAUUAAUACCUAAUGCUACACGUAUUUGAACUAGCCAGCUAUCCAAC